AUGACUAAAAAACGUGGUUACAGCAUACAGAUUACGAAGGAUCAAAACUAUGGAAUGAUAUAUGUGGAAAGCGUUUCGUUUGGAAUUUACGUUAGAGUCACUCACGAACACUCUACAUCCUCAUUUUUUAUAAAAAGCGUCAAGUAUUACAAUCACAAACUCGUAGAUAUCAAAAUAAACGCAGACACCUACCAGAAGGUAAACGUCUACUUUUGGCAGGGAGAACCAAAUAGACCCAUCAUGGUUGAGUUAAUCAACUCAUACUCGAUUUCCAUCUUUUACAGGAAUGUAGAAUACAAAACAAACCUCGUCUGGAAGGAGGUAAAGACGAGCAAAUUGAUUAAGGCGAUCAGCUCAUACAUUCCGUCCACGAGUAAAGUCAUUAUAAACGCCAAACACAAUCGUUCACCGUACACCUGUUAUCUCAGUGAUAAGAGUAUAAUUGUAGAAAACGAUAGAGCUCCGGGGCACGGCUUCGUAAGACGGAUACACAAAUUCUGCUCCGGAGAAGCCUUCACCGUAAAGGGCAUAAUAUUUGGUUCCUUGUACACACAAUUCAUGCCUGAAUAUGAUGUAUAUAAGGUUCAUGUAUAUUUCAAGGAAGACUAUUAUGGAGACCCCCUGCUGAUCGAACUUGAAACUGAAAAGGAAUACUUUUACUACUACAUGAAUGAGGACCUAAAAGUGUUUAACUCCCUUCACUUUUUAACAUAUUUUGAGCUCAGACUGAUACUAAAAAUGCUAGUUGAUUGUGGCAGAGUUUACUAUGAAGGUUUAGACUCGGAGCUAAGGAAAAAGGUCUCACCGGUGGGACAUACUGUAGUCUCGGGCAUUAGUGAAUGA